AUGCCCAGCCGUCACGAGGAAGAGCGGAGUGAGGAGGGGUCUGUAGGUGACGGGCUGCCCGAUCUGGGAGACUCCAUCGACGCCUUGACUUUCGAACAAAUCCUGGAGAUGGAUGACGACGAAGAUGAGAGGGAGUUUAGCAAAAGCAUUGUUUUUGGAUUCUUCGAACAAGCCGAGGAGACUUUUGUCAAGAUGGACAAGGCACUAGAAGACCGCGACCUUGCCGAAUUAUCGAGUCUUGGCCAUUUCCUCAAGGGCUCUUCCGCAACCCUAGGUCUCACAAAGGUGAAGGAGAGUUGUGAAAAAAUCCAGCAUUAUGGACAGCAGAAGGACGAAGCCGGAACGACGGAUGAGCCAGACGAGGACUUGUGCCUUUCGAGAAUCAAGGCAAUACUGGUUGUUGUCAAGGAGGAAUAUGCAGAAGUGGAGAAAGUCCUCAAGAAGUUCUAUGCGACACCAGCCGCAAGCUGA